UGGCCGCAGGGGCACAUGGAUAACCCUUUUGUAUUCAUCGUGCAGUGUGCGCUGCCUUCGCCUCCUCUGCGUCAGCCUGCGAAUUUACAGGUAUUCUACAAUAAUUGGGAAUCCACUGCAGCGCAAUGCCCGCGGCACAGACACGUGACCUCUGAGAUUAUCUCGGCACAAUCACGUGGGCCACGCGCAAGCCCGCGGGAGUCGGGCCAUGCUUCAAAGCUACGCGCCACAUUGCGAAAGCGGAUCUGCUUGCAUGGUCGGCUCCUGUGGGACGUGUGGGACUCCUGCGGACGGCCUCCGAGACCAUUCACUUGUACUUGAUGUUGGGUCUUUUACAUGUAUACAUAAACUACAGAUAUGCACAUCAGAGCCCGACGAGUAAUUUCUAAAUUCAAUUAUUUUAGACAGCGCGCACAUAUGGAAUACUAACGUAAUCUCAAAUACCAGUAAGCAGCUGGGACACAACUCGUUGUUGAGCAUAGUGUCGGGUAAAAUAAGUAGAUCAUGUGAACACUUUUUCCUUAAAUCAGUGUCUACAAGGCGUACGCAAAAAUUUUUUUUUCUUGGGCACCAAUUGCUGUAUAAGUAAGGGAACUGAACCCACCACAUUAACGUAACAUAUGUUAUACAUCAUACUGAUAGGUGCCUUAAUUUACCAAGUGAGAUGAAUUAUUUUUGUUCCUCAUUUAGUCAAACCGCACUGCAAGCCGCUGUCAUCAAUCUUCUGUUGGAUUUUGCAAGUAUUAAAUGAAACAUGUUUCCCUGUUAUGCAGAUAUGCAAUGGCAAACCUUACUGUGUGUUCCAAAGUAAAAUUUAAGCUCUAAAUUAAAGAAGAAAUUUCUAGUCAGAAGUAACAAACAAAAAUGAAGAAUGCAUAGUAUCAGAAGCCCAAGGCGCAGAAAUAAUAAGAUGUGUGAAAUUAUUUUA